GUAGCUGAUGGUAUUGACACAGAAAAACAAAAUCUAUUUAUUACUAUGUCAAGAAGUGACGUUUCAUUAGCCACACUCCAAACACUGCCUACAACUGAAAGUGAGCCAGUAUACAUAACCUGCGCGUUAGUUCACACUUCCUUUGAAGUAAAGUAUGAAUACCAUUAAAUCGUGAUUAAAUGUAGGCGUAGAAAUCUUCACCCAUGCAAGUACCACACCCCUUGGUUGGCAGAAAGCUGCAUCGAAGGAAUGGAGAUCGAGGAAAAUUUCAAAAAUAAGAAGGAAAGUAGUAGUUUAUAGCAGCAAAGAGGCUCCUCGCUGAUUCAUUGGUGUGUAUAGCAGAAGUAGCAGCUCUAAUUUAAAGAAUAGAUGUAAGAAGAACUGCUCAUUUGCUUUUUUAUUCUUUUCUUCCUUUCGUUUGUACUGCAUUCUGCCAACCAGGGGAGUGGCUUUAGUCAGGCUCCACCUUAGGCCUUUGAUCUGAAGGUGAGAGGUAACGCGCAGGUUAUGUAUAGCAUUGUCUGUUAUAGAUGGUGCAUGUUAUAGAGGAGAUGCAAUCUUUACUUGCUUGCUUUAAAAUAUUAUGAAUUGAAAUAUCUACCGUAUUGCCUGAUUACAAGCCCAGCUCAAAUAAACGUGCAUCCCUAAAAUGUUAUGGCUGUAUAUAUAGCCCAGUUGUUUAGAUUGUUUCAAAUAACCUAACUUUUGAAGUGCAGUGUUUUAUGAUUAUCACAAGGUCACUGGUUCAAUUUUUGUUUUGUCAUUUUUUUAUUAUAUAGUAACUAUAGCUUAUGUAUUGUUGUAGGUGUUCGUAAACUUGAGCGCAUAGUUGAUCAAGUUGAUGAUUUGCAAGACUCUACUAAUGAAUUACAUGGAAAAUAUGUUUCGCUUGCUCUUGCAGUGAAAAAGUCACUUGAAAGUAAUUCUAUUGAUGUAGAAGAUGCAAAGUUUUUGAUAAAGGAAUGUUUAAAGAGAAAAGCUAGUGUUGUUCCUGAAUUAAUGCCCUGCAUUGAUAUUCUCAAGAAGGUUAAUGAUUUUAAAAGCUUUUUUGAGUUUCUAAGUGAUUUUCAUUUCAUUGGUUAUCUCAAUUACAAGCUAUUGAAGAAACUCAUUAUUGAAUUUGCUAAGAAUGAUGAUGAGAUUAACCGGCAUUUACUUGAAUAUGAAAAAGAAUAUGCUAAAUUGUUGAGUAAAGCUUCCUUUAAUGACUUGAUACCUUUAUUUGAAAAACAAUCUGAUCUAUCUCCUACUGCUCCUCUUGGCUUACCUUACAUUUCUUUUCAUCUUGAGAAGCCUUGGUUACUCACUUGUGUUUAUACAUGGGUAUCGACCUUUGGUGAAUUCUCAUGGUCAUCUGAUGCGAUUCUAAAACAAUUAAGGAAGAACUGUAUUAUCAUCACUUAUGCUAUACUGCCAUGUGUUCUUGAUGAUGUCAUGAGAGAUCUCAAGGAUCCAGUAAUAUUGAAAAAGCUAGAGGACAAUGAUAUUAGAGUAGUUGAAUUACCACAAGAAGAGGAAGAAGAUUUUGAGGGCAAGAAAGAAGACCCACAGAUUGAAUCCACUGCUGCUAAAAUAGAACCAAAGGUUGAUGCUUCUUCAAUCAUGCAGACCACAUCAUUGGAGGGAAAAAUUUCCACCACGAGCACUACUUUGAGGCCCGAAGCUGCAUCAAUUGGGAAAGAAGUGAAAAGUUCCAGUCUGGGAAGAGAUUUGAUAAAGUCUAUAAAAUCUCAUACUAAACCUAAGAAAGUUAUUGGUCUACUUGAAGCUGGAGCUGAUCCUAAUGCUACAGAGGUUUGUAGCUACAUGUAUACUGUAAUAUUCUAA